AUGGAGGAAAGCAUAGCAGAACAGUCACCGACAACGGUCACUUCGCGUAAGCGAAAGCGUCUUGACCCGAUGGAAAUGUGUCAACAACUGUACGAUUCAUUGCGUGCCGUGAAAAAACCGGAUGGUACAAUGCUAUGUGACACAUUUGUACGUGCACCAAAACGCCGUCAAGAGCCAUCAUACUACGAUGUAGUUGACAAUCCAAUUGAUUUGCUACGAGUACAACAAAAAUUAAAAACUGAAUCGUACGAAAGUGUUGAAGAAUUAACCACUGAUUUAGAAUUGUUGGUGAAUAAUUCGAAAGCAUUUUACAAUCCGGAUUCAAGUGAAUAUCAAGACGCGUGUUUGCUGUGGGACACAUACCAACAGAAUAAAGUAAAGUUGAUUGAGUCGAAUGUUGGUGACGAUGAGCCAAGCAACAAAGUGAAAAAGAUUGGUCGACCAAGAAAAUCGGCACUUGACAAUGAUGAUGCAUCUGAAACAUCAUCCAAAGCAGCUGAUGAUGAUAUUGAAAAUUAUGAAGAAUUAUUUGCAUCAGUUAUGACUGCCACUGAUGAUAACAGUCGUCCAUUGAAUUUAAUGUUUCAAUUAUUGCCAUCGAAACGUGAAUAUCCAGACUAUUAUGAUAUUAUCGAGCAUCCGAUUGAUUUGAAAUUCAUCGCAACAAAAAUUCAAACCAAUGCCUACAUCACAUUAGCCGACAUGGAAAAGGAUUUAUUGCAAAUGACAAAAAAUGCAUGCAUAUUCAAUGAGCCUGGUUCACAGAUUUAUAAAGAUGCAAAAACAUUGAAAAAGAUUUUCACCGCUAAACGAGCCGAGAUUGAGUCGGGAAAAUGCAAACCACGCGAAAGUAAAACUCGAAAACGUGGCCAAAGUUUGAGUGCAAUGGUUGCUGCUUUGAAAGAGCCCGUCGAAGAUUCUGAAGAAGAAAAUGAAGACAAUUUGGAAACUGAAGGCGAUGGUCCACUCUGGCAAUUAUUUGAUCAACUCUAUAAUUCGGCCAAUUCAUCAGACCAUCCUAAUGCUUCAGGAGCACCACUUGGUGAAUCGCUGUGGAAACUACCAAAUCGACGAUUCCAUCCGGAAUAUUAUUACACCAUUAUAAAACCAAUUUCGAUGGCCCAAAUUCGAAACAAGUUGAAAAAAGCGGAAUAUGCAAAUAUGUCAGAUUUAACGACUGAUUUGUAUUUGAUGAUUGAUAAUGCAAAAAAAGCAUUCCCAGUGACACAUAAAGUACAUCGUGAUGCAGCUAAAAUGCUUAAAGUUCUCAAUCAGAAAUUGGCCGAUGUAUCCGGUGAUGAGGACAGUGAUGAUGAUGAAGAAGAAUCAACAACAAAUUCAUCAACACAAUCGAUUACCAAAAAGAAACCAAAACCAAAGGUUACAUCAACAUCACCAGCAACAUCUUCGUUUAAUGUUUCAAAUAAUUCAUUGAACAUGAACACAGGCAACAGUCCAAAGUGUAAAUUCCCCAAUAAUCCAAUGCUCAAGAAAAAAUUGCUUAAUUUGCAACGUUUUUUUCUGGAUGGAAGACGACCAAUGACAUUAUUCAUGGAAAAACCGUCGAAGAGACAGUACCCUGAUUACUACGAUAUCAUUCAACAUCCAAUCGACAUGACAACAAUUCGAUUGAAUAUCGAAGCCGAUAAAUAUGGAACUCUCGAUGAUGUUGUCGGUGAUUUUCGUCUGAUGUUUGCCAACUGUCGUAAAUACAACGAAGAAGGAUCGCAAAUUUAUGAAGAUGCAAACAUUUUGGAACGUGCUCUCAAUGAAAAACUCAAAGAAUUUUCCGGAAUUAAUGAUCGUCGAUUGACACCGAAAAUUAUCAAAGGUGGUCGCAAACAAAUCUCACCGAUGGACACAAAACUUCGUCAACUAUACGAUGCCAUUCGUGAUUAUCGUGAACCAAAAGCCAAUCGUCAGCUGGCAUUGAUCUUUAUGAAAUUGCCAUCGAAAAGCGACUAUCCUGAUUACUAUGACAUCAUUAAAAAUCCGAUUGAUAUGGAGAAAAUCGCUCACAAGCUCAAACAACAAUUCUACGAUAACAUCGAUGAAAUUGCAGCCGAUUUUAUGUUGAUGUUUGAAAAUGCAUGCAAAUACAAUGAGCCUGAUUCGCAAAUCUAUAAAGAUGCCUUACUUCUGCAACAAAUUUGUAUUCAAACCAAGCAGCAAUUGCGAGAUGGCGAUGAUUCUGUGCCAGAUGUGCAACAAGCUAUUGAAGAAUCGCUAUUGUCACUGUUCACAACAUUCUAUAAUCAUCAAGAUGAAGAAGGUCGUUGUUUCUCAGAUUCACUUGCCGAGCUACCCGAAUACGAUGAAGUUGACGGCGUAAAAACACGAGCAAUUUCAUUGGAUUUAAUCAAACGUCGUUUGGAUAAAUGAUUAUACAAACGAUUGGAUACAUUCCAAGAAGAUGUGUUCACUUGUUUGGAUCGUGCUCGUCGUUUGUCUCGUACCGAUUCUCAAAUCUUUGAAGAUUCCAUUGAAUUACAAGCAUUUUUCAUUCGUAAACGUGAUGAAGUAUGCAAAGAUUUGCUCACAUCACCAGCUCUCAGUUACACUGCCAUGCAUUUGAGUGCAUCGGUCGAGGCAAUACGUCAAACAAAACUUUUACAAGAGGAACAAGAGCAAGAAACUGAAAACGAUAUGUCGAUGCACGGUGAAAGCAUGACAAUUGAUCAGAAAGUUUACUCACCAGGCGAUUUUGCAUAUUAUGAUGUGCCAGAGAACAAACUUCCCGGUGUCAUUUACAUCGAACGAUUAUGGACAAACCAAGAAGGUGUCCAAAUGAUGUAUGGCAAUACUUUCUUGCGACCAUUUGAAACGUAUCAUGUGACAACACGAAAAUUCUUAGAACAAGAAUUAUUUAAAAGCGAUCAGCAUGAGGCAAUGCCGCUAAGCCGUUUGGGAAAUAAAUGCUUUGUCAUGAGUGCCAAAGAUUAUUUCAAACUAAAACCCGAUGGAUACACAGAUAAGGAUAUUUUUGUGUGUGAAUCACGCUAUUCGACCAAAUUGCGUGCAUUCAAAAAGAUUAAGAAUUGGCCAUUCAUGAAUACAACACCAUUGGUUACACGUGAAACACCACUUGAACCAAAACGUGUUAUGUCCGUGUUCAAAGAACGCGUUGAAAAACACAAAGGAGAAUUGGCUGAAUUGCAAUUACAAGAGGCACUCGUUGAAAAAGAAAAACCGAAUAUUUUGGCUUUAUCGCCUAUGUCAACCGACGACGGUAAUAACUAUUAUGAACAAUACAACAUUGUUGGAAAUGGUGUCAUCAAAAGUGGUGACUUUGUUUACGUUGCAACUGAUACCGGAAAACAAUCCAUCGCACAAGUUCAGAGCAUUUGGGAUACAAAAGAUGGAAAGUCAUACAUCAAAGGUCCAUGGCUUUUGUUACCUCCAGAAGUGCCAGGUGCAGCAAAUCGAUUCUUCUAUCGUCAAGAAUUGAUGCUGUCGACAACACAAGACAUCAGUCCAACAAUUGCUGUUGUUGGCCGAUGUUCAGUUUUGGAAUACAACGAAUACGUUUCAAUUCGCUCGACGGAAAUACCAGAGAGUGACGUUUAUGUAUGUGAAUCAACAUACGAUGAAAGCAAGAAGCAAAUCCGAAAAAAUGUUCAGGGUCAAGGGCUACGAAAAUUCGCACACAGCCAACUCGUUACACCAGACGAAAUUUAUCACUUCAAAAAUCCAAUCACACCAAUCAAGGUAAAUUCAUGUGAUUUAAAUUCAGAUGUGCUUGGAAUGAAUGAAGAUUCAAUUGAUGUGCCAGAUUUGCCAUCAACCAGUUCAGAAGUGGCGCCAGUAAUAUCGUCGUCAGUGAGCACAAAUCUCAGCACACCAGUAUCAACGAAAAAACCAAAAUAUAAAGGAAAACUCGUAACUGGUUAUAUCGUGUAUUCGAGUGAAGUGCGUAAAGAUCGUGCGGCAAAUAAUCCAGAUUGUUCAUUCGGUGAUAUUUCGCGUAUGGUUGGAAAUGAAUGGCGAAAUAUGACGGCACAAGAAAAACAAUAUUGGGAAGAGAAAGCAUCUCGAUCGAAUGAAGAGAGUGCUGCUAAAUAUGCUGAAGAGCAUGGUUGCUCGAGUCCAGUUCCUCAACCACAAACGUUCCAAUCAUUCUUGACCGCCGAUCCAGUACCAAAUCAAGUUUUUGAAUGUUGCUGGGACACAUGCGAUUAUCAAUUCGAAGAUCCAAUUGAUUGUGUUGAGCAUUGCAUUUCGGAAGGACACGGUCAUGUUAGCACUUAUUACAAAGAGCCACCACGAUCAAAAACUGGUGAAAUCGAUUACACUUGCAUGUGGCGCAAUUGCAUUCGUAUUCUGAAGAAUAUCAUCCCAUUUACGCAUUUGCAACGUUUGCUUAAGCACGUCCGUGAAGUGCACAUCAUCAAAAGUGGUCGCAUGGUAACGCCAAAUGAUAGAAGCAAAAAUUUCGUACCAUCGAAAAAGAAUCAGCCAGCUGCUACUCCUCAGACACCAACAGUAUCGAAUUCAAUUCCAUCGCCAGCUACAAACAAUGCUAAUCUCGCUUCGCCAGUUCAACAGCAGCAACAACAACAACCAGUUCAAACUGUUCAAGUUUUGUCAGCACCAGCAGCUGAACCUUUGUUUGUGACUGUACCACCAAGACCACAACGAGUUUUGCAUUCAGAAGCCUACAUCAAGUAUAUUGAAAGCUUGCAAAAUGAUACGCGUUUCAUAACACCAUGGGAAAAAAUAUUGAAAGCCACACGUGAAACAACACCAGCUGUUGACCCAUCUAAAUUGCCAAUGCAUUGGCUUGGACCAAAAUCUCCAGAAAAAUCAUCUGAUGCCAUUGAUGAACUAUGGAAGCUUCGCAAUCACAUGAUGAAAGAUAUCGUCACUAUCAUUGACCCAUCAAAUUAUUAA